AUGCCUCCAAAGAAAUCCAAAAGCCGAAAAGUCUCUGCGAGCGGGGUUACUGCCGAAGCAUUGACGCGGUGGAAGAAUGUGCGUGGUCGUCGGGGCGGCCUGAAGAGCAUGAUCAAUAUGCCAAUGGACGUCAUCCAGGAGAGGAGCUCCGCGUAUCUAUGGAAGGACGCCUUGAAGAAGGUCGAUGGACUCCCUUCUUGUCCGGAGGGAUGGAUCGAACCCGCAUGGGUGUCCCUCGUCUUCUCUCCGUAUUGUACCGCUUGCGGCGAGGGCAAAGCUGCGGCAGUAGCUUGGGAGUUUCUCGCCCGAUUUUGCACGAGUUGUAGGGAUAAAAUGGUCGUCGCCGAGAAUAAGUUGCGUCUCACACAUGAACAGUGUCGACACUUCGGCAUGAUUUCAAAAGAGGCUUUCAUCAAAGCACCGGUAACUGGGUUCAAACGACACUGCUAUAUGUGGUCACAAAUUCUUGAAGUCCUCGAAGCUUACGGAACACUUGAUAAAUCUGGGAAGGCGAAGGAGGCAAGUGACUGCGCUAACAAAUACGUCCAGCAGGCGAGACGGUCACAAGAGCAUGCGGCCCUGUGCCGAAAGUGGGCUGACAAUGAAGAGCGCCUGCGGACCGAGGAAGUAGAAUCCAUUAUUCGUGGACGAUUUAAGGAGCUACGCGCACUUGGAUGGGGACCGGAGCUUGACUUUAUCAAGACCCGAGACUACACGCCACUCUCUCAACACAAGCUUGUACUUGUUGCUAAGAAGCUCACCGACCGAGUAUGGCAGAACAUACAAAGCGAGUUCAUCCAUUGCAUGGAAGGGAUACGCGAGGAGCGCUUGGAACAUGAGUUCAAACCCGUGCUGGCGAAGCGCUGGCCCAUCCUAGUGAGCGCUGGCAACGAGCUACUAGACCGGUAUCUAGGCGAACAUCCAGACCUGCUGGCUUACGGAUUCAACGUUGGGGACCUCGCUAUCUCUCAGGAGUUUCGCAACAUAAUGAACGAACCUGCCGACGAGGACGUGGACAUCACAAGCUUUCUCGCCCUAGAGGGGCAUGUGGGCACGAUUGUGGAGAGAUGGCGGACACGCGUCUGCGAAGAACUGCGCGGAUUAUUCGUCAAGCACGAGAUCAAGUUGCCUGAAGGCAGGGACCCGCUUGAGCUCGCCACAACACUGUUCUCCGGCACUAGCACCCCCUUCUGGCAACAUGCAUUCUUUCCGGAUGUCGUUGCAGAUCAGCGUCCGCGCUUCUCUGUUGAUUUCGAAGCGAAAGACGGGUACGAGAGAUUGGUGGAUGAAUGUGAACAUAUAUGUGUCACUUGGCGUGGCGCGAUACUAUCCUCGGUUAAAGGCGGCUGGCACAAAUGGCGAUUGGCCAGCAUAGAUGAGACUGCCAAGGUGAAGGAACUCGAGAUGGUGAGAUUAGAAAAGGCAAAGCUGUGGACGUGGACCAGAUGUGAGACAUCGCGCAUGCCCGUGGAUCGACACGCGAUAUGGGAGCAUCUCCGAAACGAUCACGAGAUUGAACGUCCGGAGACAGCGAAUGAAGCCAUCAAGAUGAACCGGAUUUUGGCAUCGACAGUAUUGGGGCGAAUUAUGAUCCCUGUCGGUAAACUGCCAGCGUGA